CCACUCUCAAAACUGCCAAUCAUGUCGGUCGAACGAGCCUCCGCUGUCAUCUGGGGGGAGGGAACGCAUGCUGAGCAGGUCCAGGAGCUGCUCGACUUCACGCUACGGAACCGGCCUGAGGAGGAGCAGACCUCGAUCAAGAGCGCGUAUGAGGAGAUCAGCAAGCUUCCGGAGGGGACACCAGAAGAGUCAGACGUCAAGUAUCAGAAGGCGGUCACGUUCGUCAUCGAUCAAGUGAAGGAUCUUGGGGAGGGUACGGACCUCGAGAUUGAGGGUUUCUUCAAUCUUCUCAUUGCGCAUGUAUUUGGACAUCGAUUGAUACAGGAUGACGAAACCACCAGCGAGGUCAAGCGCAUCCUCGAUAUCGUCUCCAAGUCACCGUCUGAAAACAACGCGCUCAAGUACCGCAUAAUGUCCAACACCUUCAACCACAGCCCUCAUUCUUUCGCUAUCCGCCCCCUCAUCUACACUGAACUCCUCAAGACCGCGACUGCCAACGGCGAGCUGAAUGCGCUCCGACUAACGAAAGACGACGUCGACCGGUGGCUUGUGGACUGGGAUAUCUCUGACGAGGAAAAGAGCGCAUUCGUGAAGCAGCUUGUUGACGCAUAUCAGACAUCGGGUCAACAAGAAACAGCCUACGCAUACAACCUCCGCUAUGUUCAGUCCCUCCCUUCAUCCUCACCACUACGACAGGAGGCAGCCGUGAGCGCAAUCGUGAUGGCGCUCGGUUUGCCGACUGUAUACGAUUUCGACCCUCUGUUCAAGCUUGAUGCGGUUGUCGCUGCCAAAGACCACGAGAUCUUUCCCCUCUUCCAAAUCUUCCUGAGUGGCGGUCUGCAAGAGUACACCGCCUGGGCAUCUUCGAAUGGCGCUGUCAUCGAAAAAUAUGGCCUCAUCGCCAGUCAACUCGAGCACAAAAUAAGGUUGCUCACGUUCUCGUCGCUGGGCUUCCAGUAUGUUGGGAAGGAGCUGCCUUACUCCGAGAUUGCAUCGCAUCUGCAGAUCGAUGUGUCUGAGGUCGAGAAAUGGUCCAUCGACGUCAUCCGUGUACGGUUGCUGACAGGCAAGCUCUCGCAAACCACCAAAACGCUGCGCGUGCACCGUGCUACGGCGCGCACAUUCGAGCGCGAGCAGUGGGAGGCGCUCGAGAAGCGUCUUCUUGCGUGGAAGGCCGGCCUCGCGAGCGUGAUCAGCACGGUCGCCAGCGCACGGCACCAAAAUGGCGGAGCCAACGCCAACGCCGGCGCUGGCGUCGCAGCGCAGGGUGCAGCGACGAAUGGGGUCGAGGCUGCCGCGCCUGAGGUUGCGGCUCACUAGUGUAUCGAUGGCGUAGAUGCUUACACCGUACCCGUUUGUAGCUCUAGAAGCAGAUGCCUACGUGUAGCGUGAUAUUUAAGUUCCAUAUUCAGCUAUCAUCGUCGUCCCACCGUGGUUCUGUAGCUAUUAAGAGUACUUCUUCU